AUGGAAGUUGCUUUGGCGACAGAUAAUGGGAAUAAAAAGAGGCAUGAAACCAAGCUGAAGGAUUCGUUUCCUUCCGAUGAAGUGCGCCUGGUUGAGUUUUUGAACAAGAUGUGCUUGUGGGUGGAUCGGUACCUCACAGAGCUGGGAGUCAUACAGCCACACAAUUCCAACAAUCCUCAUCACCAUUGGAUAAGCACCAGUACCACAUUCUUUCAAGCCAGAUCAGGGGUGGCGGCAUCAUCCAAGACAAGUGGGACUGGCACUUGCAAGCCAGAUGUCACCCUUGUGACCAACGACUCACAUGAGUGGUCAGAUGUCAAAUCUGUUAUCGAUGUCAAGUAUCGCCACUCCGAGGCUCUUCUCAAGGCCUCCAAGGAGUACAUGGUAGAAGUUUCCUGGCUGGUCUUCACCAACCAAGUGCAUUGUCACUUCUUUGUAGGAGCUCUCUUGACUGGACCAGAAAUGAGGAUCGCUCUUUUCACUCGUGGUUGUGGGGCCUUUUCUGAACCCAUUGAUAUCUAUGCCGAUCCCGUCAAAUACAUGCAAGUCUUAUCUUGGUUCAUGCAUACCGAACUUCGGUAUCUUGGAUACGAUCCCUACUACCAAGCUCCCACUUCCACGGACAAUCUGUCAUUGUGGUUGAUGAAGGCGAACAGUACCACAGAAGAAGACAUGGUGCCAACUACAGUGCUUUCAAUCAUCUAUAAUGGUAUCGCCGGAUUUGGCCGCACCACUCAGGUGAUGGCGGUCAGAGGCCUGAGACAGCAACUGGGGGUUGAUCAAGAGACUUUGAUUGUAAAGGAGGUUUGGCAGGUUGACUGUUUCUUACCGGACGGAGAGAUCCAUCAACUUUUGGAGGACAAGGAGCGCCUUCAAAAGGCUCACAUAAAACUAGAGCAAGAAAAGAUUCCCUAUCCUGACGUUAUUCAUGACACUGAGGCUGAAAAGAAGUCACAGUCAGUCUUGUUCAAGCAAUGGCCCAAACCUGCAUGGGAUGAUGAGGACAACAAAGGUUCUGUAAGAAUUACCAAACAUUUAUUGCCGGAACAUGCCGAUACUCCUCUCACUGCAACCACCAUGUCAAUGCCUGGACCGUUUGUCAAGCACGAUACCCAACCCCUUUUAUUAGUACCUAUCCUUUCAAUUCCUAUCACUUGCUAA